AUGUUGACGAAGUUCGAGACCAAGAGUAACAGAGUUAAGGGUCUGACCUUCCACCCUAAAAGACCAUGGAUCCUCGCCAGUUUGCACAGUGGUGUGAUCCAGCUCUGGGAUUAUCGCAUGGGUACUUUGAUCGAUAGAUUUGACGAGCACGAAGGACCUGUUCGUGGUGUUCAUUUCCACAAUUCACAGCCUUUGUUCGUCUCAGGAGGUGAUGAUUACAAGAUUAAAGUUUGGAACUACAAAAAUCACAGGUGCCUUUUCACUCUUCUGGGGCAUCUCGAUUAUAUCCGGACUGUCCAAUUCCACCACGAAAACCCAUGGAUUGUGAGUGCAAGUGACGAUCAGACUAUCCGCAUAUGGAACUGGCAGUCACGGACUUGUAUUUCUGUGUUAACUGGUCACAAUCACUACGUUAUGUGUGCUUCUUUCCAUCCCAAAGAAGACCUUGUCGUAUCAGCAUCCUUGGAUCAGACUGUCCGUGUCUGGGAUAUCGGUUCUCUUAGGAAGAAGACAGUAUCUCCUGCUGAUGACAUCAUGCGAUUUACUCAGAUGAACUCUGAUCUUUUUGGUGGGGUUGACGCUAUAGUUAAGUACGUCCUUGAAGGUCACGACCGAGGUGUAAACUGGGCUUCUUUCAUCCCACCUUCCUCUCAUUGUCUCUGGUGCAGAUGA